AUGGAACCACCAUGGCUAGACGAUCUAGCAGACGACCUCUUAAGCAUCAGCUUCAACUCAACAACAACAACCACCACCACCACCACCACCAACGAUAUUAACCGUCGUACCAGCUCGGGAUCCGAAACCACAUGGACCACCGCUACCUCCUCCGCUCGCCACAACCUCCCACUCCCCUCCGCCGCUACCGAACCCCAUGCUCCUUCCGGAGAUCCCUGCUGGGACGCCGUUCAUCGUUGUAGAUCUGAAUCAGGCGGUAACCUUUCCCUCACUGAUAUCCGUUUCCUCCACCGUCUAGGCGCCGGAGACAUCGGCUCUGUAUACCUCGCUAAACUCAAGUGUUCUCCUUCUCCGUCAUCCACGGCCGUCGGAAGUGCUGUUUUCGCCGCUAAGGUGAUGGAUAAGAGGGAGCUUGCGAGCCGUAAUAAGGAAGGGCGAGCGAGGACGGAAAGGGAAAUUCUGGAGAUGUUGGAGCAUCCAUUUUUGCCGACGCUGUACGCGUCGUUGGAGUCACCGAAAUGGUCGUGUCUAUUGACGGAGUUCUGUCCCGGCGGUGACCUCCACGUUCUCCGGCAACGGCAACCAUGCAAACGGUUCCCGGAGUCCGCCGUGAGGUUCUAUGCAUCGGAGGUGGUUGUAGCCCUCGAGUACCUCCACAUGUUGGCAAUCGUUUACCGCGAUCUCAAACCGGAAAACGUUUUGGUUCGAUCCGACGGCCACAUCAUGCUCACUGAUUUCGACCUCUCCUUAAAAUGUCACCUCUCCACAUCAACUCCGGCCCAGGUUAACCCAGUUUACCGCCCCCUCCAUCCACCCAAAUCCACCUGCAUUCUUCCCAGCUGCAUUGUCCCUGCGGUCUCUUGCUUCCACCCUAUCCGUAAACGCAAGAACAAACCAGCCAACCAUGGCGCACCCGAGUUCGUGGCUGAGCCCGUCGAUAUCCGCUCAAUGUCGUUUGUUGGGACCCAUGAAUAUCUAGCCCCUGAGAUUGUAUCUGGGGAGGGCCAUGGAAGUGCCGUUGAUUGGUGGACCCUAGGAAUAUUUUUGUUCGAACUGUUUUAUGGUGUUACGCCGUUUAAGGGGAUGGAUAAUGAGCUGACUCUAGCCAAUAUUGUGGCUCGGGCUCUGGAGUUCCCAAAAGAGCCCUUGAUUCCACCCAUGGCUAGAGACCUGAUCUCUCAAUUGUUGGUUAAGGACCCGGGGCAGCGAAUGGGGUCCAUGAUGGGUGCAUCCGCAAUCAAGCAUCAUCCGUUUUUCCAUGGGGUCAAUUGGGCACUCUUGAGAUGUACAACGCCACCCUUCGUCCCACCACCAUUUAGCCACCAUGAGGUGCCACCAGAUCGUGGUGGUUGUGCUGCAACUCCGGUGGAUUACUAUUAA